AUGAGUGUUUCUUCCCUACCUACUUAUUAUAUGAGAUCAAAUGACCCACCUCCAGUUUUCCCAGAUAGCUGGAAGCGUCCACAAAUCGUGGGUAAACCAGGUCUUGAUUUUUGUCUUAUAGAUCUUGAUUAUCGUAUUCAAAGCACUCCGAAUUUUAAAUAUGAUACAAGAAAAGAAGGUGAAGUUGCCGUUGUUGAUAUCCAUGGUUGUGAUAACGAAGGACAUUCUAUCCUUUGCCAUGUUCAUGGCGUUAUUCCUUAUUUCUAUACAAGUAUUCCAUAUAACUUUACUGCAGAAGGACUCGAAGAGCUCAAAAACAAGUUAAACAGCGCACUUUCUCCAUUCAACAAAGGAAAUUUAGUUGUUUACAGUUGCGAAUUUGUUGAGAAGAGAAAUAUCUAUGGUUUCACAAAGGAAGCCAAAUCGAGAUAUGUUAAGGUUUGCACAACAUUACCAAAGCACGUCGCAUCUUGCCGCCGUGUUCUUGAAUCUAAUCAAAUCCAACUUUCAUGCAGUCCAAGCUAUUCAUUCCAAACAUUUGAAUCAAAUGUCGACUUCAUUAUCCGUUAUAUGGAUGAUGUUGGUAUUACUGGCUGCUCUUGGCUCAAACUUGAAGCACAAAACUACGAUAUCAGAAGAGUUAACGACAGACGUUCAAUCAACCAAUUCGAAAUCGAUUGCAACUACAACAGUAUCAUUCCUCUCGGUACAGAAUGUGAAUACAUGAAGAUUCCUCCAAUGAGAAUCUUAUCUUUCGAUAUCGAAGUCGGUGGUUCUCCAGAGAACUUCCCAACAGCAGACAACGAUCCUGUCAUUCAAAUCUGCUGCUAUGUGGCCGUCCAAGGUGAAGAACAUUCCAGGUUUUCCGCUGCAUUUAUCUUAAAUACAUGUACACCCAUUGUCGGUAGCGCUCUUUUCCAGUUUGAGAACGAAAAGGACCUUCUCAUCAACUUCCAGCGCUUCAUUCAAUGGGUUGACCCUGAAAUUAUUACUGGAUAUAACAUUUGCGGUUUCGAUAUUCCAUAUUUAGUUGAACGUUCCAUUGCCAUCAAAGCCAACGAGUUCUGCGAACUUGGCCGCUACGUCAAAGAGUUCAGUACAUGCAAGGAAACCACAAAAGGCACAAAACAAUUAGGUUACAGAGAAACAAAAGAUGUAGAUAUCAAUGGUAGAAUCCAAUAUGAUAUGAUGAUUGCUAUUAAGAACGAUUUCAAGCUUCGUUCUUACUCUCUUAACGCUGUUUCCGCUCAAUUCAUUGGUGAUCAGAAAGAAGAUGUCCAUUAUUCAAUGAUCAGCAAGCUCCAGAAUGGUUCAGACACAGAUAGACACAGAUUGGCCAUUUAUUGUGUCAAGGAUGCUUAUCUUCCUUUGCAAUUAAUGAACAAAUUGUUAUCUGUUCUUACAACCAUUGAAUUAUCACGUGUUUGCCAUGUACCAGUGAACUACGUUCUCAACAGAGGUCAGCAAAUCCGUGUUUUCUCACAGAUUCUCUACAAAUCUGUCAGAAGAAAUCUUAUAAUUCCUGCUCUCACUUCACAGAAGUCAGAUGACCAAUACCAAGGUGCUACAGUCAUUGAGCCAUCAACAGGCUACUAUACAACACCAAUUCCAACACUCGAUUUCAACUCUCUGUAUCCAUCAAUUAUGAUUGGCCACAAUAUCUGUUAUUCAACACUUAUGACCAAACCGGAUCCAAAUGUACAAUAUGAAAAAUCUCCAAACCAUUGUUUCUUCGCGAAACAUGAUGAAUUUCCUGGCGUUCUCCCUGAAAUUCUCAAAGAAUUGCUCGCAGCAAGAAAAGCAACGAAGAAACUCAUGGAAGAAGCAACAGAUCCAAUGCAGAAGAAAGUGUUCGAUAAGAGACAGCUCGCCCUUAAGAUCUCCGCUAACUCCGUUUACGGUUUCACUGGUGCAACAGUUGGCAAACUUCCUUGUUUGCAAAUUUCAGAAUCUGUCACUGCUUACGGUCGUUCCAUGAUUGAAAUGACUAAGGAACUUGUCGAGAACAAGUACAACAAGCAGAACGGAUAUUCUGAUGAUGCACACGUCAUUUACGGCGAUACAGACUCUGUCAUGGUUAAUUUCGGAAAUAUCACAUUGGAAGAAGCAAUUAAACGUGGAAAAGAAGCGGCCAAUUAUGUGUCAGAUCACUUCCCACCGCCAAUUCACAUUGAUUUCGAAAAAGCCUAUAAGCCAUAUCUUCUUAUUUCUAAGAAGCACUAUGCAGGUCUUCUUUGGACGAACCACAUCAAAUACGACAAAAUUGAUGCAAAAGGUAUCGAAGCAGUUCGUCGUGAUAACUGUAGAUUGGUUCAAGGCUUAGUCCAAAAGGUUUUGACAUUGCUUCUGGUUAAAGAAGAUCCAGGAUCUGCAAAAGUCUUUGUCAAGAAGAUUGUCAGUGAUUUAGUUUCAGAUCACAUUGAUUUAUCUUUCCUUGUCAUUUCAAAGGGUUUGUCUAAGAAAGCUGACCAAUACAAAGGCAAACAAGCUCACGUCGAACUUGCAGACAGAAUGAUGAAGAGAGAUCCAGGUUCAGCACCAAGAAUGGGUGACAGAAUUCCAUUCGUCAUGUGCGAUGUCGGAAAUGGAGCGAAAGGAUACGAAAAGAGUGAAGAUCCAAUUUGGGCGCUGGAGCAUUCCAUUCCUAUUGACACAAAGUACUACUUGGAGAACCAGCUCUCUGGUCCAUUGAACAGAUUGUUCGGUCCAAUCAUCGGUGAAGAGAAAGUCAAAGGACUUCUUGAAGGAAAACACACUUUGGAUAAGAGAAAGACACCAAUGAGAAUUGAUGAGUCUGAAAAGGCUAAGAAAGGUUCUCUUUUCGCUUUCGUCAAAGUGUCGAAGAAGUGUGUCUGUGGACGUGCAGCAGUUGCUGAUGGAAAGAAGCCAACAUGCAGCCAAUGCGACUCAAGAAUCAGAGAAGUUUACCAGGAGAAGAUGAACUUGAUUCGCUAUACAGAAGAAGAAUUCUCUAAGUUGUGGACUUACUGCCAACGCUGCCAGAACUCAUUGACAAACGAAAACAUCUGCAGCUCAAGAGAUUGCCCAAUCUUCUACAGAAGAAAGAAAGUUCAGCUUGAGUUAGAGGAUACUCAUAAGUUGCUCGCAAGAUUUGAUGAUAUGAUUCCUUUCUUAUAA